AUGAACAGCUUCAAGCUCGCCCUCUUCAUCUGGGUGGCGGCAGCAUGGACAAAAGGGGACAAGCCUCUGGGAGAAAGCGAUACGGUUGGAUUUAAAAAAUGCAAGGAAGGCUUGAAGCUCCCUGUUCUGGAAGUCUUACCUGGAGGGGGUUGGGACAAUCUGCGGAAUGUGGACAUGGGACGGGUGAUGGACUUGACUUACACCAACUGCAGGACCACAGAGGACGGGCAGUACAUCAUUCCUGAUGAAAUCCUCACCAUUCCCCAGAAACAGAGCCACCUCGAAAUGAACUCAGAAAUCCUAGAAUCCUGGACCAAUUAUCAGAGCAGCACCUCCUUCUCCAUCAACACAGAACUUGGCCUCUUCUCCAAAGUCAAUGGCAAGUUCUCCUUCGAGUUCCAGAGAAUGAAGACCCUGCAGGUGAGGGACCAAGCUAUUACUACCCGAGUUCAGGUACGAAACCUGGUCUACACGGUCAAAAUCAACCCAACUUUGGAACUGAGCUCGGGGUUCCACAAGGACCUCCUGGAUAUCUCUGAGCGGCUGGAGAACAACCAGACGCGAAUGGCCACCUACCUGGCAGAACUCUUAGUCCUCAAUUACGGCACUCACGUCGUCACCAGCGUGGACGCCGGGGCCACUCUCAUCCAGGAGGACCACAUCAGGUCCUCAUUCCUACAGGACAGUCAGAGUAGCCACAGCGCUCUGACAACAGCUGCUGGUAUUGCCUUCCAAAACAUCAUCAACUUCAAGUUCCAGGAGAACUACAGCUCACAGAACGCCCUCACCAAGAACUACCUCUCAAAUCGAACCAACUCCAGGGUGCAGGGCGUGGGAGGUCUUCCUUUUUACCCUGGCAUCACCCUCGAGACCUGGCAGCAGGGCAUUCCCAACCACCUGGUGGCCCUCGACCGCGCCGGUCUGCCUCUGCAUUUCUUCAUCAAUCCCAACAUGCUGCCUCAUUUGCCAGGCCCGUUGGUGAGGAAGUUGUCUAAGACGGUGGAGAUGGCUGUGAGGCGCUAUUAUACUUUCAACACCUACCCUGGAUGCACGGAUUUCAAUUCGCCCAACUUCAAUUUUCAGGCCAACACAGACGAUGGCUCCUGUGAGGGGAAGAUGACCAACUUCACCUUUGGAGGGGUGUAUCAGGAGUGCACCCAGUUCUCAGGGCACGAGUCGGUCCGCCUCUGUCCCAACUUGGAGCAGAAGAAUCCCCUGACCGGAGACUUUUCCUGCCCCUCUGGCUACUCAGCCAUCCACCUCCUAUCCCAGGUGCACGAGGAGGGUUACAACAACUUGGAAUGUCAGCGGAAGUGCACUUUGCUUGUCUUCUGCAAGAGAGUCUGUGAAGACGUCUUCCGGGUGGCAAAGGCUGAGUUCAGAGCUUUUUGGUGUGUGGCCCAGGGCCAAGUCCCCAAAUACUCAGGACUGCUGUUUGGAGGCCUCUUCAGUGGUAAGAGCAUAAACCCUUUGACAAACGCACAGGCCUGCCCAGCCGGCUACUUCCCACUGAGACUCUUUGAAAACCUCAAGGUAUGUGCCUCUCAAGACUUUGAACUGGGAUACAAGUUUUCGGUCCCCUUUGGUGGCUUUUUUAGCUGUGCAGUUGGGAACCCCCUGGCGGAUUUGACGUCCAAAGACUUAGGGGCGCCCUCUCUGCACAAGUGUCCUGGGGGCUUCAGCCAGCACCUGGCGCUCAUCAGUGAUGGAUGCCAAGUGUCCUACUGUGUCAAGUCUGGGCUCUUCACAGGAGGGUCCCUGCCCCCUGCCAGGCUCCCGCCGUACACCCGGCCCCCCAUCAUGAGUCAGGCUGCCACCAAUACUGUCAUGGUGACCAACACAGAGACAGCAAGCUCCUGGAUUAAAGACUCAGAGACGCACCAGUGGAAGCUGGGCGAGCCCCUGGAACUGCGCAGGGCCCUGAAGGAUGUCCACGGGGAUGGGAGUGGCCUGUCAGGAGGAGCUGCGGCUGGGGUCACCUUGGGUGUCACCACUGUCCUGGCAGCUGCCAUAGCCUUGGCCAUCUAUGGCACCAGGAAGUAUAAGAAGAGGGAUUACCAGGAAAUUGAGUCUGAAAGGCAGAGCUUGGCCCAGAGCACUGAAGCUCCUGGAGAUGCCACGCAUGAAGAACAGGAACAGAACCCGGUCUAA